AUGCCGCACAUGACCGAUUUAGAUGCGCCGCGACGUCGAUCUCUUCACAUCCAGAAGCACACCUGCUCCUCGUGCGGAUACCCGGCCGCUAAGACCCGAAAGUACAACUGGAGCGAGAAGGCCAAGCGCCGAAAGACCGUCGGCACCGGCCGUAUGCGAUACCUCAAAGACGUCUCUCGCAGAUUCAAGAACGGCUUCCGAACCGGCGUACCCAAGGACGCACGAGGUCCAGCUCUGAAAUAA